AUGUCUGCUGAUCCAGAACCCCUGGGAACAGAGGCACAAAGAGGAAUUGGAAGAGUGCAGAUAGGCAUAGUGGAGCCAGAUUGCCCACUGGAGCAGAAGCAAAUGCGGUCCCUAGAUGCCUUUUCUGUAGCAGGAAGUUGGGGCGGAGCAGGGAGUCAAGCAAACUGGAGGAAAGGUUUGGUCAAGCCUAACAGCAGCUCAGCAGCUAAGCAUAUAAGAUAUAAGAGAUUAGAAAAAAGCGUCCGACAUCAGCUCUAUCUCAGUGGCUUGGCGCUUCUGCUUGAGCUUCUUGCCACAGUGGACCGACAUGGCCUUUUUCUCCCAACUAGAUGUGCAGGAAGGCCUCCGAACACUCUCUGUCCUACAGUGGAUCCCAGUCUAUGUCAUUUUAGCAACAUACCACAGUCUGAGCAACUCAUGCAUAAUAGUAUUUUGCCCAGGGUGCUGGAGAGUGGAGCACGCAAUAUCAAGGUGCCAGCGUCAGGAAAGGGCUGUCUCGUGUCUUCUACCCCUGGCAGAAUAUGGAAGAGAGCUAUUCCCAUCUUAGGUAUACCCUAUUGUCUGCUCUUCAGUAGUUUGUGGCCCUUAGCCGUGCUCUCCUUAAUCUGGCUUGUCUGUGACUGGAACACGCACAGUCAAGACGGUAGGCGUUCAGCCUGGGUGCGAAACUGGACUCUCUGGAAGUAUUUCCAAAGCUACUUCCCAGUAAAGCUGGUGAAGACCCAUGACCUUUCUCCCAAGCAUAACUACAUCAUCGUCAGCCACCCCCAUGGCGUUCUCUCUUUUGGUGCCUUCGUCAACUUUGCUACUGAGGCCACUGGCUUUUCCAGGAUUUUCCCAUCGAUCACUCCCUUUUUAGCAACUUUGGAAGGAAUCUUCUGGAUCCCAAUUGUGCGAGAGUAUGUAAUGUCUAUGGGUAUAUGUCCAGUGAGUGAGUUGGCCCUGAAGCACAAGCUGACCCAGAAAGGCUCAGGCAAUGCUGUGAUCGUUGUGGUGGGUGGAGCUUCUGAAGCCCUCUUGUGCCGCCCGGGAGUCUCCACACUCUACCUCAAAAAACAUAAAGGUUUUGUGAAGCUAGCACUGAAGACAGGGGCGUACCUUGUCCCAUCUUACACCUUUGGUGAGAAUGAGGUUUUCAACCAAGAGACCUUCCGUGAAGGCACAUGGCUAAGGUUCUUCCAAAAAAACAUCCAGAAAAUUGGCAAAACAAUCCUAGGCCUAAAUUUCUGUACUUUCCAUGGCAGGGGCCUCACUCGGGGGUCCUGGGGCUUCUUGCCUUUCAAUCACCCAAUUACCACCGUUGUUGGAGAACCCCUGCCAAUCCCCAAGAUCAAUGAUCCCGACAAGGAGACGGUGACAAAGUACUUUGAGCUUUACAUCAGUGCCCUACGCAAGCUGUUUGACCAGCACAAAGUGGAAUAUGGCUUCUCUGAGACCCAGGAGCUGACAAUUAUAUAACAGGAACCAGAAUCUCUGUAACUACAGUUCAAAUCCAGAAGAGAUCUGAGUGAAGGCACAGGGAAGGGAGAAUUUGGGGACAGAGGUGGAUUUUAAAGACAUGAAGAAAUGCCAACCGAGCCAGAAGUGCUGAAUGAAUUGGCAGUCCAGCAACUGAACCCCCACCCAUGUAGCCAAGACAGACUGGGUAAAGGGAAGACAGGAGAAGACUGGUGAAGGCUGACUAGCAGAGGGGGUAGCUCUGUCACACCUUGGUGCUUUAUGACAAUGACCCAGUUUAGGAGUCUUGGAAGUCGGUCAUCAACUCCAUAAUAAAAGCAAUGAGAAGUCAACGAACUCUGUGCCCCUUCCCCACAAACCUUGGUGCUGUCAUUAGUAUUUAGGUUUAAGCUUGGAAGCUCGACUUAGAACAGAACUGGG